AUGCACCGCGGCACGACAUUGAUCGGCCAGCGCCUCAACGUGCGACGAUCCUCCUGCUCGGCACGCAGCAGCCGCAUCAUGCAAGGCACAUAUCAAGAGGCCAUCACCCUGCUCCGGAGCCGGACGCGGCUCGCCAAGGCGACAAACAGGCCUGACGAGCCACGGCUCAACAUCCCCAACAACUACGGCAUGCGGGACUGGCUCGCCCAGCUCGGCCACACGGACCCCUCGGCGCUCAACGUCAUCCACAUCACCGGCACCAAAGGCAAAGGCAGCACCGCCGCCUUUACCGAGUCGCUCCUGCGGCAGCACUUUUCGCGCACCCGACGUGGCGACGCACUGCCGCCCGUACGCAUCGGGCUGUACACGUCGCCGCACGUGCUCACCGAGCGCGACCGCAUCCGCAUCGACUUUGCGCCCGUGUCCGAGGCGCUCUUCGCCGCCGCCUUCUUCGACGUCUGGACGGCGCUGCGCUGCGCCGAGCCCGGCUACACGCCCGGCUACCUGCAGCUGCUCGCGCUGCUGUCCGUCCACAUCUUCCGCCAGCAGGGCGUCGACUGCGCCGUCUACGAGGUCCACGCCGGCGGCCGCAAGGACGCGACCAACGUCUUUGACCGCCCGCUGGCGUGCGGCUUUGCGCGCAUCGGCCUGGACCACGCGGAGCUGCUCGGACCGGGCGUCGACCGCAUCGCGUGGCAAAAGAGCGGCAUUAUGAAGCCCGGCCGCCCCGCGUUUACCGUGCCGCAGGACGCGCUGCCCGCCGCGGUGCUGCGCGAGCAGGCUGCGCUGACGGGCGCCCCGCUCACCGUCGUCGACGUGCACCACCCCGCGCUGCCUCCCAGCGUCAGCCAGCCGGCACAAAAGGAGAAUGCGUCGCUGGCGAUUGCGCUGGCCAACGCGGCGCUGGCGGCGCGCGGGGCGUCGCAGCUGUCCGCCGCGGACAUUGCGCGCGGCAUCGCAGAGUGCGCCUGGCCCGGCCGCUUUCAGCACCUGCGCCGGGACGGCGUGCACUGGUUCCUCGACGCGGCGCACAACGCGCUCAGCAUCCCGGUCGCCGUGGGCUGGUUCGCGGCGCGGUCGCGGCUUGUGCAGGACGAGCACGCGGGGCGCCGCUGUCGGCGGGUGCUCGUCUUUGGGCACGCGUCGGAUCGGAGCACGGAGCGGCUGGUCGAGGUGCUGCUGGAAGCGGCCGCGCAGCACGACGUGGCGUUUGACCGGGUGAUUCUCUCGUCGUAUACCCGCUACGAUAUUCCCAUACCGGAAUCGGUCGCCCAGGAGCAGCUCGCAUUCUGGAAGACGGCUAGUCCGGCGACACCGAUCCAACACGCCAUCACGUCCGAGGCAGCCGUUGGCAUGGUCAGGGAGCUUCAGCAGAGUGCCCCGGAAACGCAUUGGCAGGUUCUCAUCACGGGCUCUGCGCAUCUCGUCGGCCAGUCUCUUGGCGCCUUGGGCGGCGAGGAACUCGUUCUGAACACGACAUAA